AAAAGAAUUAGCCGAUAUUAGUGAGUCGGUUGGCAGUCUUAUGCAACUGGGCCUGCUCGGCCUGUAGGUUUCGCCCAACCAAAUCCCGGACUGGAAACAACGAAAGAUCACAUACUCUGCGUAACACUAUAAGCAUCGGGCAUAGCAAGUUACACGACUAGCUGCUAUCGAAGUGCCAUCCGUGAGUUGCAAAGGCCGGCGGAAUGCGCAUCUUGCCUCAGAGGCGACGACACUGGUUUGCGCUAGCGCUGAUUCCUAUCAUUUGUGAAGGAAUGCGUCGCCUUGCACAGAUCGCUGUGCGUCGGCCACCAACACGUUCAGUUCAAGCUACUACACCACGCGGAUGCCCAGUCCCACAUGUCAUCCAUCGCCGGAUCGAGCGUGUCAAGCCUGGGCGCCUAAUUGUCGUGGGUGACUGCCACGGCUGCCCCGAGCUCUUCCGGCUGCUUUCGUCUCUCGGCUACGAUCCCGCCGCUGACAACCUCAUCCUAUCUGGCGACCUGGUCAACAAGGGCCCCGCGUCCCUUGCCGUACUGGAUGCCGUACCGCAGCUGCAAGCCAUGGCCGUACGGGGCAACCAUGACGAUGCCGUACUCGAGGCCUGGCUGGCGUUCCGUCGCGGCGGCGAGUCGGCUUUGAGCUCAAAGUUUGAGUGGGUACGGCACAUGAACGAGUCGCAAGCAGCUGUGCUGGCGGAGCUGCCGUUCACGGUUUCGGUGCCAGAGUACGGCAUUGCUGUCGUACAUGCAGGCCUGGUUCCCGGGCUGCCUUUGGAGCAGCAGGACUUGUGGGCCAUGUAUAAGAUGCGCAACCUGGUCCGGAUGGAGGAGCAGGAGGAGGAGGGCGGGAAGGCAGCAGCAGUCGAGGGCGGGCCUGGAGAGGGAGCUAUGACCCAUGGGUCGGCGAACGGCAAUGGGGCAGCAGCAAUUAUUGCUGAUGGGCGGGGCGAGCGGCGUACCAGAUACCGUCCCGUGGAAAAGGCCAAGGAGGGCGGUGACCCAUGGGCCACCCUCUGGCAGGGUCCCCCGCACGUCUUCUUCGGCCAUGACGCUAAGCGCCGGCUGCAGCUGCACCCAGCCGCCACGGGGCUAGACACGGGCUGCGUGUACGGCGGGAAGCUGACGGCGGCGGUAAUGCCGCCCUUGGAGCAGCUGAGGGCGCGGAGCCCCGGUUUCGGAGCCAAGAUGGCUGCGGGGCAGGCGGUGGGGCGGGAGGAGUUGAUGGUGGAGUUGGUGAGUGUUCCGGCGGCGGAGGUUUACAGCGCGCCGACGGCGACGGCGCCCGCGGGAGCAGCGGCGGCGGCGGUUGAGACGGUGGCGGCGGCGGUGGCGGUGGAUGGAGGGAAGGGUCAUGCGUGACAGCGUGAGGUUCGUACCGGUAGGUAGGUGGUGGAAGUGGCGUACAGCGUGUGGAAGCUUUAACGGCGGUGAAGGUGGUACCGUGAAAAUGUGUGACGGGGUGUUGGGAAUGGCAGACGGAGGGACGGUGGUUGGGAGUGACCCGGCUCUGCCGGAGCGAUCUGCAAUGCGUGCGAGGUAGUGGAGGCGGUAGAGGCGGUAGGGGAGUCAUGUGGCGCUGCUCUUCCUUGCGUGCUGGUGCUGUUUGCUGCGUGCUUGCAAGCGGGCGCUUUGCUAACAAGACGUGCGCGUGACAUUGGUGAACACAGUAGGCAGAAGCGCACGAUGACCAACGAAAACGUGACAAGGCGUACCAUAUGGGUGCGGUGGAGGGUUGCGUAAGGGGAGCCUACGCAUUCCGCUGACGGCGGGGGUGCCGUAUCGAGGAGAUUAGGAACAAGGGCACACGCUGCGGGAGCACGGCUUGCAGUGUGGUGGGGAACUGAUGAUGCUCGAGACAAGGUGAUCGGGUAUUAUUCGAGUGCGGCAGUCUGUGCGCAGCGUCAGUUUCGAAUGUGAAUGUGACUCGCAGGAAGAUGGCUGGCGGUCGAUAUUGUAUGUGCCCUGGACGUUGAUGGGUGAAUGCAACGAAGGGUUUGCUCCUCAAUGCUUUCCAGUAGAUGCGCUUUGCUCGGACGGCCCCUUGCAGCCGAGUCAGAUGGCGAACAAUGCGCGGCAUUGUAAGGAGCGUAGAUGCAAGGUAAAGGUGC